CCCGGCUGGACGGCAGAUUUGAUAAUGGGCUGCAUUAAAAGUAAAGAGAACAAAAGUCCAACCAUUAAAUACAGAACUGAAAGCACUCCAGAACCUGUCAGUACAAGCGUCAGCCAUUAUGGAGCAGAACACACUGCAGUGGCACCAUCGUCUUCAACAAAGGGAGCAUCUGUUAAUUUUAACAGUCUUUCCAUGACACCAUUUGGAGGAUCCUCAGGGGUGACACCUUUUGGAGGAGCAUCUUCUUCAUUCGCAGUGGUGCCAAGUUCAUAUCCUGCUGGUUUAACAGGUGGCGUUACUGUGUUUGUGGCCUUAUAUGAUUAUGAAGCUAGAACUACAGAGGACCUUUCAUUCAAGAAGGGUGAACGGUUUCAAAUAAUUAACAACACGGAAGGAGACUGGUGGGAAGCCCGAUCAAUUGCUACAGGAAAGAAUGGCUAUAUCCCUAGCAAUUAUGUAGCCCCUGCAGAUUCCAUUCAGGCAGAAGAAUGGUAUUUUGGCAAAAUGGGGAGAAAAGAUGCUGAAAGAUUACUUCUGAAUCCUGGGAAUCAACGAGGCAUUUUCUUAGUACGAGAGAGUGAAACUACUAAAGGUGCUUAUUCUCUCUCUAUUCGUGAUUGGGAUGAGGUAAGAGGUGACAAUGUGAAACACUACAAAAUUAGGAAACUUGACAAUGGUGGAUACUAUAUCACAACCAGAGCACAAUUUGAUACUCUGCAGAAGUUGGUAAAACACUACACAGAACAUGCUGAUGGUUUAUGCCAUAAGUUAACAACAGUGUGUCCAACUGUGAAACCUCAGACUCAAGGUCUAGCAAAAGAUGCUUGGGAAAUCCCUCGAGAAUCUUUGCGACUAGAAGUUAAAUUAGGACAAGGAUGUUUUGGUGAAGUAUGGAUGGGAACAUGGAAUGGAACCACAAAAGUAGCGAUCAAAACACUAAAACCAGGUACAAUGAUGCCAGAAGCUUUUCUUCAAGAAGCUCAGAUAAUGAAAAAGUUAAGACAUGAUAAACUUGUUCCACUAUAUGCUGUUGUUUCUGAAGAGCCAAUUUACAUUGUCACUGAAUUCAUGUCAAAAGGGAGCUUAUUGGAUUUCCUGAAAGAAGGAGAUGGAAAAUAUUUGAAGCUCCCACAACUGGUUGAUAUGGCUGCCCAGAUUGCUGAUGGUAUGGCAUAUAUUGAAAGAAUGAAUUAUAUUCAUCGCGAUCUUCGGGCUGCUAAUAUUCUUGUAGGAGAAAAUCUUGUGUGCAAAAUAGCAGACUUUGGUUUAGCACGGUUAAUUGAAGACAAUGAAUAUACAGCAAGACAAGGUGCAAAGUUUCCAAUCAAAUGGACCGCUCCGGAGGCUGCGCUGUACGGUCGAUUUACGAUAAAGUCUGAUGUAUGGUCCUUUGGAAUUCUACAGACAGAACUGGUAACGAAAGGCAGAGUGCCAUAUCCAGGUAUGGUAAACCGGGAAGUGCUGGAGCAGGUGGAACGAGGGUACAGGAUGCCUUGCCCUCAGGGCUGCCCAGAAUCCCUCCAUGAAUUGAUGAAUCUUUGUUGGAAGAAGGACCCUGAUGAAAGACCAACAUUUGAAUAUAUUCAGUCCUUCUUGGAAGACUACUUCACUGCGACAGAGCCACAGUACCAGCCAGGAGAAAACUUAUAAUCAACGUAGCCUUUUAUAUGCAUAAAUCUGCCGAAAUGUAAAGAACUUGUGUAGACUUCCUUACUUUACCUACAGGAAUCAAAAGAAGAAUGUCGUCUUCAUUCUGCAUGUUUUUAAUGGUAAACUGGAAUUCCAGAUAUGGUUGCACAAACCACUUUUUUUUUCCAAGUGUUAAACUCUAAAGUACCAAUGAUGAAUCUUCCAACUUAUUUCAGGGUCCAAAGAAGUAUAGUUAUGAUAUUGGUGACAGUGUGAGUGAUAGCAUAACAGUGAAGAGCAGCAGGGCUACUUCUUUAUAAACCAUUUCCUUUUAUUCCCCAAACUCAGAAUUGUUAAGAGAAAAUUAUAUAUCAUUAUAGACAAAACUUGGGAGAUAAACACAGUUCUACCAUAAUAAAAUCUAAACUUACGGAACUUCAUGGGACCAAAUAAUUCCAUUCCAGUUUUUAAAGAUUUCUUGGAUUUAUUGUUCUCACAAGUUUUUUCUAAGUUGAACUAUUAAUAUGCAAUCUUAACACCUGACUUCUUUUGUAUGGAAAUGGGCCAGGUUUUUAGAAGCAAAAAGGAAUAUGAACAGCAUCUAAAACUUGAUGAAAUGUUAGACCACAGUAGUGGCAUUUGAAAGUAUAAUGCACUAUGUUAAUACUCAUGGAACUGGAAAGUAGAAGAUUUUUACUUUAAUCAUUUUCUGAAUAGCUCAGUUUAGAAUAAUAAUGGUAACUAGGAAGUGAGCUAAUUUUUUAUAAUGUUGCAUUGAUUUUUUUUUAAGGCAACAUAUAAUUGAAGUCAUACUGUCCAAUCCAAGGGGAAAGCUUUGAAUCUUUAGAUAGCCUGAAAAAAUAAGACCUGGCAUAUAAACAGUCCUUUUUAAAAAAUAGACUGGUACUGUGAGAUAUUGCUGAUACAUACUUAUGGUGAUGGGCACCACAAAUAUGAAAUAUCACUAGAUCAGGGACUUGAAUGCACUUUUGCUUUUACUGAAAAUAGAUGGACAGAGAGGAAAAUAUUUAAAAGAAAUAUGAGAAAAGAAAAUGUGAAAAUUUUACAGAUGGGAUGUUAUGCUUAACAUUAAGGAGUGACAAAAUUGCUUUGCUGGCACUCAGCUCCUCACUUCUCUGUUUUCUGAGAUUUUAAGAGUUACAAGGUAUGACUAAAACUAAUCUUUCUUAACAAACACUAAAUGAGUGUUACAGCCUCAAAUAGCUAAUUUAAGACUUCCCACUAACUCCAAUGAUAACAGCUUUUAUGCGAAACAUUUUUAGAACUCUAGUUUUCAAAUCCGUGUUUCAAUCUGCAUUAACUUUUUAAAUAUACUUAAUAGUGAUCUUCUUUUCCCUUUUAGAAUUUAGUUGAUUUGGGGAGGAGAACUUACUGAGAAUAACAACAGUGGUGAAAAGGAGGGACAGUUUUUGCCCGUUCAAAAUGUAGAAAUAAAACCCAGGAGUUGUAUGAUCGACUCAAAAAGGAACUCCAAAAUAUGAAUUUGAAUAGCAGCAUUAUUGGUUUAAGUGUCUAGCAAAGGAAAUGAAUCUGAUGAAUAAAAGUCUGGUGUUUGUGUUUUUGUUUUGGUA